GAGCACUAUUAUAUUGUUGUUCUGAAACAACAACUGUUUCCCUUAUCCACACUGUUUGAGGCCUCCCAGCACCAUCCUUCAUUCAAAUGCACCCUGGCAGGCCCAGCAUCAAGAAUGAGCCGUGUGGAGGGUCUGAGGGCCAGCUCGUCUCAGUUCACUCUGGAGGGAGAGCCUUUCCGCAUCCUUGGAGGCUCCAUCCAUUACUUCCGUGUCCCCAGAGCCUACUGGGAGGACCGUCUGCUGAAGAUGAAGGCCUGUGGCCUCAAUACUCUCACAACAUAUGUGCCAUGGAAUCUGCAUGAGCCUGAGAGAGGAUCAUUCAGCUUUCAGGAUCAGCUGGACCUCAAGGCCUACGUCAGUUUAGCAGCAGCGAUGGGUCUGUGGGUGAUCCUGCGUCCUGGACCUUACAUCUGCGCUGAAUGGGACUUGGGCGGGUUGCCUAGCUGGUUGCUACAAGAUAAAGGAAUGCAGCUGAGGACAACUUAUCCUGGAUUUGUAGAUGCUGUCAACCUCUACUUUGACAAGCUUGUUGCAGUUAUCAAACCCCUCAUGUUUGAAGACGGGGGCCCAAUCAUUGCCAUUCAAGUUGAGAAUGAGUAUGGAUCAUAUGCCAAAGAUGAGAAAUACAUGCCGUUCAUAAAGAAUUGUCUCCAGUCCAGAGGGAUCAAUGAGCUCCUGCUGACUUCAGACAACUGGGAGGGCUUGAGAUACGGCGGGAUGGAGGGAGUUCUUAAGACAAUAAACCUCCAGAGACUGUCGUUUGGAGCUAUUCAGUAUUUAGCUGACAUGCAGCCCCAGAAACCUCUAAUGGUGAUGGAGUAUUGGUCUGGCUGGUUUGACGUCUGGGGAGAAAGUCACCACGUAUUCCAUGCUGAGGACAUGCUGGCUGUUGUGUCAGAGAUCCUGGAGAGAGGUGUCUCCAUUAAUCUGUACAUGUUUCAUGGGGGAACCAGCUUUGGCUUCAUGAACGGAGCAAUGGACUUUGGCACCUACAAACCUCAGGUCACCAGUUAUGAUUACGACGCUCCACUAUCUGAGGCUGGAGAUUACACCCCAAAAUAUCAACUCUUGCGGAAUUUAUUCAGCCAGUACUACUCUGAGCCUCUUCCUGAAGUGCCCUCUCCUCAGGGGAAGAGAGCAUACGACCCUGUUGUCAUCCAGCGGCACCUGUCGCUGUGGGACAGCCUGCACUUCGCCGACAAGCCAUACAGGUCAGAGAGGCCGGUAAACAUGGAGAAUCUCCCUGUCAACAAUAACAAUGGUCAGUCAUACGGUUACACACUGUAUGAAACCACCAUCACCAGUGGAGGAACCCUCAACUCCAAGAACAACAUCAGAGACAGAGCACUGACUUUUGUGGACAGGCAAUAUGUUGGUAGCUUGGACAACAAGACUCAUGAGCUGACACUCCCUGACGGAAAGGGGGAGAGGACGUUGAGUUUAUUUGUGGAGAACUGUGGAAGAGUGAAUUAUGGGAAAGCUCUGGACGAACAGCGCAAAGGUAUUGUGGGAGACAUUCUGUUGAAUCACACCCCUCUGAGAGGAUUUACCAUCUUCUGUUUAGACAUGAAGCCAGGCUUCAUGAAAAGAUUAAUGAGUUCUGGCCAGUGGAAAUCUGACCUGAAGUCGCCCUCCAUUCCAGGGUUUUUCCAGGCCAGACUGUAUGUAGAUGGUCCUCCCAAAGACACUUUCAUCAGACUCCCUGGUUGGGGUAAAGGAGCUGUGUUUGUCAAUGGCCAGAACCUUGGGCGCCAUUGGUUCAUUGGUCCCCAGCAUUUCCUUUAUCUCCCAGGAGCUUGGCUUAGAAGUGGAGAGAAUCAGAUUAUUGUUUUCGAGGAACAAAGAGCGGAUGACAAAGUUCUGUUUGCUGAAAAUCCUGAUCAUGGAAGGACAACUGAUGUUUACAAACUCCCCUUUUGCACACUGCUGUGAAGAUAAUGUACAGCUACAGCUCAGAUCUAGUGUACUGAUACUGGCAGUUAUCAAGAUUUAAAGCUAUUAUUUUACUCAUGAUAUUUUCCAAUUGCCAUUGUACAGCAGUAUGUUUUGGUUUUUCUUUCUUCAAAGGUUUAGUGAAAUGUCUUGCCGUUUAUUCUGUUGCCUUAAAUUCAACAAUGCAACACCGUCUGAUUGGUCUUGUUUUGUUAUUUCAGUAUGAACUUCGCUCUGAUUAGAAAUGAUGUUGUUUGAACCUUUGAAAGCGUGGCACGCCCUCACAAGCUUCUCAUUGGACCACAGGCUUGUCUUUCGAGCGACGCUAUCUUAUUCACAAAAGACGUCUAACCGCACGCAGCAUC